AUGCAAAGGAACUUGACUCAGGCCAGCCAGGAGAUGCCCAGUGAUGAGGAGCCAAUCAUCGAACCCCAGGUGCCUGAAAACAGCAGAGCCAAUGUAAUAAGGAACAUCAACACUUAUGCCAGGACAAAGACACUGGCCCAGGGCUUCCUGGACAUGGCCCUCUUCACUGCCAAUGCUUCUCAGAUGAAACACUUAUUGCAGCAGGGUCCUGACACCCAGUUCUACUACUUUCUCUUUGUGUGUCUGGGUAUUUCCAUAGGUCUCCAGCUAAUUGUUGCAGCCCUGCUAAUCUAUAAAGCUUCAAAGAACAUAGAGUGUGAUGAUCCAGAGCGCAGACUCAGCGACAGGGUGCACCUGCUCAAUAACAUAGUGACCGGGCUAAUCCUAGUCAUCACUGCUGUCAACGUCUUCAUCACUGCCUUCUGGUUUACCUCCCCACCUCUGACCGCUACUGACCCAAAAUUCAUGCCUGUUACCCCAGCUGACAAUGUUGCCUUGAACGCUGAGUAUUAA